AUGAAAACCGAGAUAACACUCAAGUUUGCUGAGCGCAAACUGGGUCGCAACCUAUACUCGGACGAGGCACAGGCCCUUGCCUUUCACAUAUAUCAGCUCGAGCAAACAAAAAGCUAUUUCGCAGCCACUGGAGCAGCUGCAGGCGCAUACCGUGCAUAUGCCACAAUGGCCACGAAUCGGUACCCAUUCUACCAGCCCAAGGCAGAGUCGAUUGAUCCGACCAAGUUUGGGUUCAUAAGAGGGCCCAUGGCUCCAAUGAUGGGUUCCAUCAUUGGGCAGUUGAUCGCCCAGCCGCUUGCUGCAGUGAACACUUCAAAAGACCCCAAGCUCGAGCAGUUUGGCAACGAGCUGAAAGCAGCGACCGUUGCAGAGCAAUCGAAAACAGCAGUACAAGCACGUGAAAUUCAGGAAAGGAAGAGGGAGUUCGAGCGACAGACAAAGGACCGAAAUGGCAUGGGUCCGUCGCCGCAGGGCGCAUGGGGCAAGCAGCAGCCACCCGCACGUCCCAGUGAAGAUGACAUGAGCCCCACGGCUGGCAACGAGGUGUGGGGAACGCAGCCAUCUGCAUCUGGAUCAUGGGAUAGUUUCUCAUCACAAGCGGACCAAUCUACACCGCAACAAUCUCAAGGACCACCAUCCAGUGAAGCAUGGAACCGUCGCGCACCACCAACUAGAGCACCACCCGCAUCAUCUUCGCCCUUUGACGAUGACGCCUCUCCUACAGGCGGCAUGUUCCAGGAUGAGGUGAACAAUGGUUCGGCCCAGCAACAGUCUCGACCCGGUGAAUCAACCUGGGAUCGGCUCCGCCGCGGCGCUGCGCCAGCCCCAGGUCAAAGGCCAGUGCAGCAGCCGCGACGACAAGAACCUGAGCGGCGGGAGCAGAGAGAGGGAUCGACCUUGGGCGAUUCGUUCACGUUCGUUGAGGGCGAAGAGGAGAGGAAGCAGUCCAGAGAGCGAGCUCAACGCGAAUUUGAUGAGAGACUCGAGCGCGAACGUCAAGGUAGAGACUUCUCUGAAGAUCAGGGUAAAAGAUGGUAA